UAAUAAUAAAAUAGUUUGAUUUAUAGUAAAAAAAUAAUAAUAAAAUAAAAAAUAAUAAUAAGUGUGUUUGGGAGUACUGAGAUAAUCUUGGCUGCCGAUCCACGUUGCGCAAUGAUAACCACAAAAAGAUUCUCAGAAAAUCCAUAAAGUCGGUACUAUUGCUGCACUCUGGAUUGAAGUUAGCGGCAAAGGUAGGCGUCUCGGCAUAAUCACUUCUGUUUUUGUGCAAGAUGAAGAAAGCAGAGCUUGUGUUCAUCCCUGCCCCUGGAAUGGGUCACCUCCUAUCCACACUCCAGUUUGCAAAACGUUUACUAGAUCGAGAAGACUGUUUUUCGAUCACGGUUCUCGUCAUUAACGCACCGUUUGGACCCACCAACCAUGGGCUCGUACAGUCGAUUGCUGCCUCCGACACCCGUGUAAGAUUUAUUCAUCUUCCUCAAAUAGAUCCUCCCCCGAAAGAGCUUUUCUUUAGGUCCGUUGAGAAAUUCAUCACCGAUUUCAUAGAGAAAUACAGAAGUCAUGUCAAAGAAGCUAUCAUCAACCAUGUGUUAUCCGCUUCGCUUCCACUUGCCGGGUUGGUGGUCGAUAUGUUCUGCUCCUCCAUGAUUGAUGUGGCUCACGAGCUUGGUGUCCCGUCUUAUGUCUUCUUCACUGCUAAUGCUGCCAUUUUUGGCUUCAUGCUCUACCUUCCAACCCGGCAUGACCAGGUCCGCAUUGAGUUUAGGGAAACAGAUCCCGAGUCAGUCAUUCCGAGUUAUGUCAACCCAGUUCCUCCAGGUGCUUUGCCUUCUUUUGCGCUCAACAAGGAAGGUGGGCACAUCUCCAUGGCAAAUCAUGGUAGAAAGUUCAAAGAGGCCGAUGGUAUUAUUAUCAACACGUUUUCUGAGCUGGAAUCUCAUGCGGUAAGCUCCUUUUUUAACGGAAUUAUACCUCCGAUUUACACAGUGGGACCGAUUAUUGACCUCGAGGGUAAGACGCCUUCAGGAGAUAAACAGGCCAAGCAUGAGGAGAUAAUGAAGUGGCUUGAUGAUCAACCUCCAUCAUCAGUGGUUUUCUUAUGCUUUGGAAGCUGGGGAAGCUUUGGAGAACCCCAAUUGAAAGAGACUGCCCUUGGGCUCGAGCGGAGCGGCCACCGGUUUCUGUGGUCAGUACGUUUGACAUCUCAAGAUGAUUACUUAGCCAAACCUACUGAUGCCCAGAAUCUCGAGCAAAUCUUGCCACCAGGAUUCCUGAAAAGAACAAGAGGCAUUGGAAUGAUAUGUGGGUGGGCUCCACAAGUGGAGGUCCUUGCCCACAAAGCUAUCGGAGGGUUUGUGUCCCAUUGUGGGUGGAACUCGAUCUUGGAGAGCCUGUGGCAUGGUGUACCUAUUGCUACUUGGCCACUUUAUGCGGAACAGCAAACCAAUGCAUUCCAGAUGGUGAGGGAUCUGGGGUUAGCAGUGGAGUUGAAAAUUGAUUACAGGCUUGGUAGUAGCAUGCUUGUGAUGGCCGAGGAGAUAGAGAAGGCGGUGAGAUGUUUGAUGGAAGCUGAUAGCGAGGUGAGAAAGAGGGUCAAAGAGAUGAGUGAAAAAAGCAGAGAGGCUGUAAUUGAAGGUGGAUCUUCAUAUGCAUCACUUGGUCGGCUGAUUGAGGCUAUAAUGGCAAACAAUACAGUUCUGCGAGGAAGUGAGUGAAUGUCAUACGGCGGCAUGAAGAAGCAGAUCUAAGAAGUGGAGGACUUGCUGUCGGGAGAUGAGUUAGGGUUAAGUGUGGUCGUGGGCUGAGUACCAUAGGCUUCGUAAAGAGGCUGCUGAAGAAAUAAGAGGGGUGCGGAACUUGAGAAGAUUGUGGGCCUCGGGUAGACAAGAUGGACCGACUAUGUUAGUUAUUUGUUUAGUUAAAUACAGUAUCGUAAGGGCCUUUAGUCCAUAUUAGAGUGAGGACUUAUUAGUAAUUCAAUCCUUCCUAGUAUAAUAGCAGGCACAGUGUUCACGCCUGAGCUAUUUUUGGAAUAUUAUUUUGUUAUUGUGUAGUGGAGGUGCUUUCCCUCGAAGAAAGCGUGUUCUCUGUUUGAUAGCAGAAAUACUUCUAUCAUUUUCUAUUACUUUCUAGUACAUUCUAUUACAA